GUGAUGUUGGGAAAGAUUCGAGCCCCGUGCUAGGACAUGUCACGUCGGAAGCAGAGUAACCCCAAACCACUGAAACGUAAGUCGCAUCGGUGUCUAUCUGCAAAGUCAGAGAAGUAUUCCACCUAAGUAUAGAUAGCUUAACAUCAUCAACUGAUUACGUUUAUAAGCAAAUCAGCCUUAAUUAGGUAAUUAAUUAGAUUGUAAAUUACAAUACAAGCAAUAUUUAUCGAAGAACACAACAUUACCUUGUCGAUAUGAUUGAUCAAUCAUUUUAGCUGCAACAAAUAGCAAAUAAUUUGUGAACUUUACAAAAAUGGACAAAAACUGGUCGUUUCUAACAUUGUAAAGGCCACAACUUCCACAUUUCCAAGAGCUCAUAACGAAUUCUCGAAAUCACAAACCUUGUCCGACUUCCGACAUCGCGGGUAUCAAAAAAUCGCCGCUAGACCGACGUGUAUGGCGCGCAAGCUUUUUUAUUUGACAUUUUAUACAAGUUUAUUCAAAGAGCGAUAAUAUCGCUGACUCUUAUCUUUCAAUGCAACGUUACCGCGAGCCCGGAGUGAUAGCAUCUGGGGCCAGCCAUUGCUAGUUAAACCAACCUGAUAAGGGAUCGGCUGCGUCUGUGUGCGGCCGUGUGCGGACACGGGCGCGCGUGUGUGCGGGGAGGGGCGUUCGGUUCGCCGGGCCAGUCACUCACUUUACGCGGCAAAAGUAUGACGGUUGAAAUGUCGCGCGCACAAAUAUACACAAAAUAAAUACCAAAAAUAGUGCUGUGCUGUGGAUAUUAUGUUAUUGUGGUUGCGGUAUCUGAAGCAGCUGGAAGUGGCGGCCGGGGACCCGCCGCCAGGUGGCGCUGUCGACUUCAAAACAAUGUGUGAGGACGAGGAAUGGGGAAACGAGAGCGAGGCGAUGCCGGGAGAACCUCGCACGCCCAGCUCAGAGGGGGAGCGUGCCGCGUCCAGCGGUGGCGCCUCACCAGCCUCGGGGGGCUCACCUGCUGCCUCACCACCUCGCUUGCGCCUCAACACCAGCCUUGCUACAGACCCUGCGCUGGCACCGCAGGCGACGACGCUCAAACAUGAGCCACCCUCACCAUCUCCUCCACCGCCACCAGCAGCAGCACCACAAGCCGCGAGAGACUAUCUCGCCCUAACGGCGGCUGCGUUCCCAGGGCUAUUCCCAGGGUCUGGUCCUCCGAGCUAUGUAUGCAAACCUUGUGGUAUACGCUACUCAUCGUUAAGUACGCUACAAGCACAUCAAGAACAUUAUUGUUCAAAUAGACUUCCAAAACCCACAGAAGGGCCGAAUGCCUCAUCUGAUCCUGCAGCAGAUGAGUCCAGCAGUGAUGCGAAAACUCCGCGACCUGCUGGUAAGCAGUACGCUUGCACGUAUUGUUCAUAUAGUGCAGACAAAAAAGUGAGCUUGAACCGCCACAUGAGGAUGCAUUCCUCAUCUCCGGUCAGCAGUGGUACUCCAGCGCCAACGCCGACCUCAAACGGAGAAGUCACAGACGGUCCACCAGUGCAAGACCGUUACUGCGCUGAUUGUGAUAUUCGCUUUAGCUCAAUAAAAACAUAUCGUGCUCACAAGCAACACUAUUGUAGUACGAGACAAGUCGUGAAACAAGCUUUGGCUGCAGCUCGAGGUGGCUCAGCAACCUCAGGGUCUGCCCCUCCAUCACCUGGAGCCACACCACCAGCACAAAACCAAAACCAAUACGCACUUGCGUUACCCACGAAUCCUAUUCUCAUUGUACCGUACUCAUUACUACGGGGCGCCAGUACUCUCCCUGGUGCAACACUACCAGACCCGGACACGCCAUGCUUUCUGUUACCAAAUGGAACAUUCCAACCAAUCAGUCGGGCAUUAUCAAAUAUUAACUCUGAUGGAAAAGAAACCGAGGUGUUAAAAUCAGCCAACCGACCUCGAGAGCCAUCAAGAGAUGGAGGUGUGACUCCACUAGAUCUUAGUGUUCGGCGGUCCCCAGAAUCAGUGGUCACUGAUGAACAUGAAAAAGAAAAUAGAAUACGGUCGACGACUCCUGAGCAAAUAGUUUGUGCUCCUUCUCUACCAGGAUCUCCAGGAACGCCGUCUCCUUCACGGCGGUCUUCCUCACCAAGUGCAGAAAGUUCACCAAAGCGACGGCGAUUAAACUCAAGAGGGCCUACUCCCAAACCUCCAAGUGUGCCGUCACCUCCCGAAGAGAAAUUCGCACCCAUAGUUCCUCCUGCAAUCUUGCCACCUGCCUUAGCAUUACGCUUGGCAUCAGAACUACCUGUGACUGGUGCAUCUCCUCAAGUGCUUGUGAAACAGGGAGUUUCUAAAUGCAAGGAAUGCAACAUCGUGUUUUGUAAGUACGAGAACUAUCGCAUACACAAGCGACAUUACUGCUCAGCUGGAGGUGGUGAGGAGCGCGCGAGUCCCGCGCCACCAGAGCCUGGUCCGCCGCCUCAGUACCGCCAACUGAUAUGUCUGGCGUGUGGAAUACACUUCAGUUCGCUGGACAACCUGACGACUCAUCAGUCGUACUAUUGCACUAAACGUGAGACUCGAUCUCCUCGGAGUGUGCCUGAAGUUCCGCGACCUACGUCUGGGUCAGAGGGAGGGUGGAAGUGUCCUUGCUGCGACGUGGUGUCCCCGACAGCGGCGGCCGCGCAGCGCCACAUGGACGCGCACGCCGGUGUGAAGGCAUUCCGCUGCACCAUCUGCCGGUACCGGGGCAACACACUGCGAGGCAUGCGCACGCACAUACGUAUGCACUUCAACAACAAGAAGCCUGCUGAUUUGCAGGAAGAAAGUUACAUCUCGUGCGUUUUAGAAGAGGACAGCCGUGAAGCGACGUCCCCCAGCCCAGCGGUGGGCGGCGGGGAGCGCGUGCAUCGGUGCGGCAGCUGCGCGUACACAUCCACGUACCGCGGCAAUGUCGUGCGACACGCGCGACUCGUCCACGCGACGGAUGAGCCGGAGGAGGAACAGACGUCCCCCGUCCCUCCUCCCCCCACGGUCGACAUCAAGAAGGAACCCGAGACAGAACUCGAGGAAACUCCAAACUACUGCAAGUCUUGUGACAUUUCCUUCAAGUACGUCAACACUUAUAAGGCUCACAAGCAGUUUUAUUGUACCGCCAACAAUCAAGAUGCGACGGCCAACAAUAAUGUGCCCACGCCCGCAAGGGUUACAGACACGCCAGUGCUAUGAAUGUCAAUCUUAUAGACACUUGGCGUACUAAAUAUAUUUGUGUGAGUUGCAGGCUAAGUUGAUAUCCCAUUUUCGUAGAGUUUCAUCAAAGAACAUGAAAUUAAUGUGACUAGUAGCGCCAUCUAUUAUUGUACCCCGUAAAUCUUUUUGGAUUAAAGCGCAAUAAACUGAAAUCAUGUAGAUUCAUUUUCUAACACUAUCUUGUUUUCGGUUAUUAUAAAGGUGUGGUACUAUUUUACAUGGUUCUAAAGUUAUUUUGAUGAAAUCUCACGUAAUGGCGAUAUGUAACUGUAAGUCCUGUGUAUAUCAAUGUUUACUCUGAAAAUAUUGCUCGCAGAAACCAUAAUUGCUUAAGUUGCUUCACCAGAAUUUCUUGUAAUUAAUCCUAGACUAAGAAUGUAUCCUCUCGUUUGAAAUAAAUUAAAAUUAAAUGAUUGUGCAAUAAAUUAAUGAUUAUAAAAUUUAUCUUGUACUGCAUAUCAAUGCCAAAUCGAUGUUUCAAAUUUUCGAUUCGAUGUUAAAAUAUAAAAAUGUAAAAGGCAAAAUAUGAAAUUCAGCUUAAGUUACGCCACCGUUUGUGAUGUUAUGGUGGUCGCAAAUGGCGUAGGAGAAGCUAAUGAAUGUUUUUUCUUAAUCCUUAAAAACCUUUAGAACUCAAUUGAGUAAAAACUCAUAAAAGUUCUUGCUCAUUUAAGUUCUUAAGGUAAAAAGUUCUUAAUAUAUUGGCUAAUGUACAUACAAGCCCUCAAUAAUUUUAAGGUUUUUGUUACUCUGUUACUGUAAAUUCCUAGUUAAAAGUUAAACUUCGUCUUUGUAUUAGUAUACGGUUAAAACAAUAUUACCAAAAUUGUAAAUAUAUGUAAAGAUAUUACUAAAUAUUAUUACCAUUCAUUCUAAGUGAUUGUUCUUGAUUUUGUUGUUAAUUUUUGUUUAAUAUUAAUUAAUUAUUAGGCGAAUUUAUCUACUCCAUGAAGCAGGUGCUGAUUCCAUAAUAUGGUUUUGAUUUACCAGUGUCGUUUUUUAAAACAUUGUGUUUUCAAAAAAUUACAACUUUGCGUUCUUGUCACUUGAAACUGAUUCUACAAAUAACCUGUCGAAGAAUGUGUCUUCAGAUAAAAUAUUUAUUUAGAUCGAUGAUCUAUG